AUGCAAGCGCUCAAGGACCUUGCGGGAUUUGCUUCCUGUGUUAACCAGCUUGGUGGCCUGAGAGACGACAGAAGGUCAUUCAUAAUAGUCCAUUUGGAGGCAUCAAGCCCUCUGAGCAGCAAAAGAACGGAGAAGAGGCCCUCCCUUUCGUCUUCCUUCUGGGGAACCUGCCUCACCUGUUUGGGCCCGUCCCCCUCCCUCCCUGCCUUGUGGGCCAGGCGUGUCCUGAGGGCCUUUCCUCUUUCCUCAUCCCUCACAGCCUCCCACUUCACCCAGGAGAGGCCAGUGAGCGGAAUCCCUGCUGAAGGAGAAGGCAAAAUGGAGGUUUUGGUCCUGGUGGACUUUGAGGGCCGGCUGGGCGAUGAGCUGAAGAUCACAGCCGGAGAUGUCAUCCGCAAGGUCCACCCGGGGCCAGAGGAGGGCUGGCUGCAGGGUGAACUAGGUGGCCAGGUGGGCCUCUUCCCCCAGCAAUUUGUGCAGGAAAUCCCAGCCAGCCUCCGGUCAGAUGGUACCCAGAGAUUCCCACGAUCGCUCCGCAGUGCCAAUGCGGCAAAAAAGUCGGCAAUGGGAAAGCAACGUUGGUGUCGGGUCCUUUUCCCUUAUGUCCCAACAAAGGAGGACGAGCUGGAGCUUAACACUGGGGACCUGGUGCAAAUCCUGGAAGAGAUUGAAGAUGGCUGGUGGCUGGGCAAGAAGCGGAGCCAUAUGGGAGUCUUCCCCUCCAACUUUGUGCAGGAGCUGAGCGGCCCAUCGCUAGACACCCCUUUUCUGGAGGUCAAAGGAGGUGCAGCCAAACAUCGGCCCAAAAUGACCAAUGAAACCUUCCUCCUGAAUGAGUCCGAGAUGAUGGAGAGUCCAUUGGAGAAAUCAGCAACUUCUCCUUCAGAGCCAGAGACUCCCAAAGUCCAGACCCCGCAGGAACGGGCCCCAAGCAACGAUGUGCCUCGAUACUGUCGGGCCAUGUUUGACUUUGAACCGGAGCAUGAAGACGAGCUGCUCCUCCGCAAAGGGGACCUGAUUCUCCUGCUGAACAAGGAGACUGUGGACCUAGGCUGGUGGGAAGGAGAGAGCCGGGGCAAGAAGGGCCUCUUCCCAGACAACUUUGUCAUGCCACUGACCAACUUGGAUCCUGAGAUCAGAAGUAAAGUGCCAGUGCGAAAGAAGGAGGCUGACAAAGCAACCAAAGGAGCCAAAAAGCCCUGCCAAGGCAGCAAGGUGGAGAUGAGACCCUUUGGAGACCUCCUCAAAGACUCUAAGGAGCAGAAGAAGAUGGAGACACCCAAAGCGAGUCCCUUCCCGGCCAAGAAGGCGGCCCCUCCCCCGCCCCCUGUUCCGGCCAAGGCCAAGCCGGCUUCCGCCGUGCCCCAAAAGUCCACCAAUGCCCCUGUUUCCUUCCCUGCCACCCUUGUGGGAAAGGCCAAAGCCAAAGGGACAGAAACCGACACUUUGGAUACAGUUGUGACUCCUGGGGCCAAACUGACCCAUCCCACAGCCAACCGCCCCAAGAUGCCCGGCAAGAGGCCUCCCAACCAGCUGGUUGAGAAAGGAGCUGUUCACCCCUCAGCAGAAAAUCCCCAAAACCCUGAGCAGCGGUCCCCCCAUCCAGUGUCUGAAACCCUUCCAAUUGAGGAAUCAUUGACAUCUGUGGACGACUUCAAGGCUGAGCUCCAGACACUGAGGGGCCUCAUGGACCUGAUGCAAACCCAGCAUCGGAAAGAAAUGGAAGAGUUGAAGGCAGAGAUGAGCCAAGAACAGGCCAAAAGGGAAGCUUUGCAGGCUGACAUUGAGCACUUGAGGCAAGUGCUGGCCAUUCCAGGGCUGAUGUACCAGGCAUCUAAGAAGCCCAGCCCUGCUCUGAAUCUGGAUCUGGCGGAUCCCCAGGGCUCGCCAUUCACUCAGCAUUCAUUCAUGGUUCCCACCAAGGACUGACCCAGUUGGGCAAAGAUACCUUCAUUUCCUGGACCACGUUGGAUCUGAGGAGGGGCAGGAGCAAGAAGACCACAGUGGUCCAUGGACAUUCAAGGCUAAUGCCACUUUCUUGGAUCCUUUGGGAGUCACAAAUGGAAGGCUCCUUCCUGCAAGAGGGUCUCCUGGACUCAACUCUCAAGUCUCCAUGGCAUCUGGACUAGGCUGAGAUAGGAAAAAGACCAUCAUAGGAAGUUGGGGAGAUACAUCUCCAUGUUAAGCUCCUGCAGCUCCUCCCCAUUGGAAACUCUUGGACAGAAACCCAUUGUUAGCCCCAUGAAAUGAAUAGAAUUUGUCCACCUGAUCAUGUAGUAGGUCUACUCUAAUCAAGAUGACUCAAAUCCC